AACAUUAUAAAUUCAAAACCUUGCAUAUUUUUUACAAGUCUUUUUUUAGACCUUUCUCUUCUCAACCUGUAAUACAUAUAGCAAUGGGUUUUCGUUUACCCGGUAUCAGAAGGGCGUCAAUUGCUAGAAACCAAACAUCUUCAAAAGGAGUGGACGUGCCAAAGGGCUAUCUUGCAGUGUAUGUUGGAGAGAAAAUGAAGCGGUUUAUGAUCCCCAUUUCAUACUUGAGCCAACCUUCAUUUCAAGACUUGUUGAGUCAAGCUGAGGAAGAGUUUGGAUAUGAUCAUCCCAUGGGUGGCCUCACAAUUCCUUGCAGCGAAGAUGUGUUCCAACAUAUAACUUCUCGCUUGAAUGGCCUGUAAUUGUAAAUCUCACACCAUAGGAGACUGACAUAGAUUAGUAGAGACAUUUUUGUACAACUUUAACAGGCAUCAUCCUAACUUGUAAAGAUCCUCUUUCUCAUAGAACGGGAGAGAAAAAAAAUACAAUCAGAAUGACAAAUUCAUGUCUUCUGUUUUUAUGUGUAAU